GGAUUUGGAACUUACAACAAAAACUUCUGGUUGGGCUUGGAUAAGAUGCACCGAUUGACAACGUCAGCUGAUUACAGGUUGAAGUUUGAAGUUCUCAUCAGUGGUAAAUGGUACUCUGAUGAAUAUGAUCAUUUCAAGGUCGGCCCAGAAUCUGAAAAAUAUACUCUCAACGUUUCUGGAUAUGGAGGAGAUAAAUGCGAUGCACUGAACAAUUCGUAUUCAUAUCUCACUCAAAAUGGAAUGAAGUUCUCCACACCGGAUCAAGACAACGACCUCCAUCCAACUUUCCACUGCGCUUUCAAUUAUUCAUCUGGGAAUUGGUACAAUUCUUGUUUUUGUCAGCGUCUGAAUGGUGUUUAUGGUUCGUCGUUUGAUUACGCGUUUUUUCCUGUUACUCACUGCAGGAUGAUGGUGAAGUGUAACUUGUAG